AUGCUCCCCACGGAUUCGCUAUCGCCACAACAAGCAAACUUGGAUAAGAAAACAACGUUUGGUGCUCCACCCAAGCUUGAUUCGAAGCUCCUUCCUAACGACGCACCUCAAAAUUGGAAGCGAAUUUUUUAUGCGUUCGUUGAAUACACAACCACUAAUUUUGAAGCUGCUGCAAUCAACGAAAUUAUAGUAAAUGGGAAUCGCUCUCAAAUCAAUAUUACGCUGAAUUGCGCUUUAACCCGCAUGCCAUUCGGAGCGCUGGCC